GAGGAAAGGGCCUGUGAAGAUAACGUUAUUGCAGUGAAGAUUAAUGGCACUGUGACAAGGAUGCUCCUUGACUCUGGAGCACAGUCAACCGUGCUUGGUGAGCAGCAGUUUCACAACCUAGAGAGGAAUGGUCUAAAAGCAAAUUUAAUGCCAGAGGAGAGGAAUCUUCGUUUCUAUGGCAAUGGGUGUUUACCAGUAGUCAGUACAUUUGAGGUUACAAUUGCAUGUCAUGGGCAAAAAGUAGUGGAAACUGUUCUUGUAACACAGGGAGAAGGGCAGUGUUUGCUUGGUAGCCCAGCUGCUAAAAAGUUAGAAGUGCUGAAA